GUCAAAUCAGACUCUGACAUACAAACAUUCCGGGAAACGCGACGACUCUUGCUGCCUGUUGAAUCCCUAUUUCUCUUAUAGGGGAUGAGGCCUUCCAUCGGACAACAUCAUGCGCCUCGAUGGUUCAGGAAGCUGCAAUUCGCUCCGCAGAGGUCCAUCAAAAUUUGAAGAUCUCGCUGGGACUCCUAGAGCUCGCCGUGGGCAAGUAUGUAUAGAUAGAGCUCAGAAGGUAAUAAUAGCCCAGAGUGUUCACACGAUAUGUAUAACCUACUGCGGCGCCACCCCUGCGACGGCUUCCAUGCGCAUCGAGGCAGCGGUUCGCGAAGAAACAACGUCUUGUCUCCGAUCCUCCACCACCGUUGCCCCCUCCCAACUUUUCCGAGUCAGGAAUGCGUCUCCUCGUCUCGCUUGGUCUCCUUUCCUUGUCGGCUGCGCCGACACUUGCUGCAUACAAUCUUGUCGAGUCCUUCUCAGGCUCGACCUUCUUCAACGGUUGGGACUUCUUCGAUGGAUUUGACAACACGACCAACGGUGAUGUCAACUUCCUGAGCCAGGCCAAUGCUACAGCCAGCCACCUUACGUUCGUCGACGAUGCCGGACAUGCGAUCAUCAGAGUCGAUAACACAACCUUCGUCCCGUUCAACGAGAAGCGAAACUCCGUCAAAAUCAUGACACACGACUACUUCUCCGUAGGGAGCGUCUUCGUGAUGGACGCCGUCCAUAUUCCGUUCGGCUGCUCGGUGUGGCCCAGCUUCUGGACCAAGGGCCCCAACUGGCCGGCCGGGGGCGAGAUCGACAUCAUGGAGCUCGUCAACUUGGCGCAAGACAACCAGAUGACUCUCCACACUACCCCGGGGUGCACCCAACCUCAGGGCGUCAUGCAACUGGGUAAAACCUCAGGCACGGACUGCUCUGCAGGAACGAAUUCCUCCGAGGGGUGCACCGUCAUAGAGACGCAGUCGAACAAUGCCGGUGCCGCCUUCGCUUCUGCCGGUGGAGGCGUCUGGGCUGCGCAGUUCGACGUUUCUGGUAUCUUCGUUUGGUUCUGGAGCCGAUCGAGCGUUCCCGCGGACGUCAGCAACACGUCAACUUCUGUAGACCCAUCUACAUGGGGAACUCCCUCAGCAUCAUGGCCAUCAGCAACUUGCAAUAUCACGAACUUCUUCACGCCCCAGCAGCUUGUCAUUGAUAUCACUCUCUGCGGUGACUUCGCAGGACAACCGACCAUCUACGCCCAGACAUGCGGCGGCCCUGUCGGGAACUCCUCAACCUGCUACCUCGAGAACGUAAUCAACAACGGAACGAGCCAGUAUGCCGACGCAUACUUCGAGAUCAACUAUGUCAAGGCAUACUCGCUAGGAGACGCGCUUGACCCGACGGUCUCGGGGACCAGCGUAAUUCUGUCAUCAAUAUCUCCCACUGCCACUUCCACUUCCAGUGCUAAUGGAAGCGGAACGUCCUCGGGGUCCACCAAGAACGGAGCUGCACGGUCCCUUGGUCGCCAAAGCCGAAGCCUUUUGGUUUCAGUAGUGCUCGCUGCGAUGGUGUUUGCUCUCUGCAUGGCCUGAUUAGCGGCCAAUUGAACGAUGCGCACGGACUAAUGAUAGUCACAAUCGAUGUGUUGAUAUACGAAACGAGCACAUCGCAGUAUUAAUACUACAGACAAUUCUCCUGUUUGC